AUGCUUGACAAAGUUGAUAGUUUUCUUACAAAAAAGCUUGAAGAAAGCAUUACUGAAGAUCAGAAAAAAGUAUGGUCAGAAUUAUUAAAUCUUCAUUCUUUAAAACAUUGGCAUCAAUUUUCACAAAGUGUUAUAUUAUUUCUUAAGAAUGAUGUACUUUCAAAAGGAUUGGAUAUGGAAGAGUUCUGGAACAGUGUUAUUUUAACAUAUAAAGCUACUCUUGCUCCAUAUUCUGUUGCUGUAAUCGCUCGAUAUGUUGCUCAUUCUAUUUUUGAUAGAGCUGGAAAAGCUGAAGCUUACGCUUUUUUGGAUGAUCUUAUAAAAUAUUAUCAAAGUGAUGUUACUGCUGUCAUUCGUCUUAUGACAACAAAGAUUGAAUUUUAUGUAAAAAAAGGAGGUUUACCAGGAGAAGGUGAACCAAAACCUGAUGAAUAUAUUGCUCAAGUUUUAGAAUUAGUUGAAACAUGCCCAGGAAAAACAGAUGUUUUGUCCUGGUAUUAUCUUUCUUUAAUGGAAUUUUAUAGACAAACUCAAGAUUACACUCAAUUUUAUCGUGCUAUCAUAAAUUAUUUGAAUGUAUCUGAUAGCAGUAAAUUAACUGAUGUCGAAAAUUUAAAAUUGUACAGUUAUUCUAUGUGUGAGGCUGCUAUUUUAUCACCUGAUAUUUAUGAUCUUGGAGAAUGUUUAAAUCAUCCUAUUCAUGAUAAAGCAGUUGAUUUAUCACCUGAAAAUCGUUGGAUUCAUACAUUUGUGCGUUGUUUUGUUGAUGGUGAUUUAGUUAGUUUCAAUGAUUCUAAUUACAAAUCAAAACCACUUUUUAAUAUUUCUUCAGAAUUAUUAGAGAGAAAAAUUAGACUUUGUGCUGCACUUCAAUUAACAUCUACUUCUCCAACAACUACAAUACCAUAUGACGCUUUUGUAUCAUAUUGUAAUAUUCCAUUGAAUGAUGUUGAAUAUCUUUUGAUGAAAGCUGUUAGUAAGAAAUUAAUUAGAGGAAAAAUUGAUGAAGUUGGUAAAGUUUUUAGCCUUGAAUGGAUUAAACCUCGUUGUCUUGGAAGAGAACAUCUAGGAAAUCUACAAAUGAAAUAUUCUGGUUGGAGAGAUACAGUAUGUAAAUUGAAAAAUGAAUACAACAUGAAUUUAGGUGAACUUAGAGAAUCAUCUAAUGUAAUUCCAGAACUUUAA